GCAGCCGGGGCGGGUCCUUUGACUGCAGUGGCUACACACGCAGGGUCAGGCGGCUGCUGCGGCUGUGUCCUCGCUCAGUUCCUGGGAGCCCGCUCCUGCCCUUCCGCUCCCUGACAGGCGGUGACAUGGCUCCGCGCAGGAACCCCUCCAAAGGCGCCGGCAGCAGCCCCAGCCAGGGGGCCAGGAAAGAGACAAAGCAUGGAGGAAACAAGAAUGGGAAGAAAGAAGGCCUCUCUGGAAGCUCGUUUUUCACCUGGUUUAUGGUAAUAGCACUGCUGGGAGUUUGGACAUCAGUAGCAGUUGUUUGGUUUGAACUUGUAGAUUAUGAAGAAGUUCUAGCCAAAGCAAAGGACUUCCGUUAUAACUUGUCAGAGGUACUUCAAGGCAAGCUUGGGAUAUAUGAUGCUGAUGGAGAUGGAGAUUUUGAUGUGGAAGAUGCCAAAGUUUUGCUAGGAGAGGAGCCAGGAGGGGUAGACAAGAGAAAAGCUAAGGCCAAAGUAAAAGAAGCAAUUAAAGAACCACUCAAGAAAAUAAGAGAGAGAGAAGCAUCCAGGAAGAAGGAAAACAAAGUUGUAGAAAAGAAAAAGAAGGCCAUGGAAGGAAAAGUUGCUGACCGAAAGGUUAAGAAAGUUGUUGAGGUGGCUAAAUUGAAGAAAGAUUCUGACAAGGUUAAAAAAGACAAAGGCAAGGAAAAUGAAAAAUCAGGAAUAGACAAAAAUGUGAAACCCAAUGAAACUAUGAAGAAAUCAGCCACUGAAAAGGAGGUUACCCCUUCUCAAGCAGGGAAAGACACAGUAACUAAAAAGAUAGCUAAAAUCCCUUCCGGAGUUUCUGAAAAUUCAGCAAAGGAAGAUGAGAAGAAAAAACAGAAAUAGGAGUUUGAUGGUGAGAAAAAUUCAGUGUAUUGGUAACAUAAUUUAGUGUAUUAGUAACAAUUUUUCUGAAAGUCAUUAGUGUGAGUGACAGUUAUGCAGACUGCUUAUGUGUGUACUUGCAUUUGUAAACACACAACAAAUAUAUCUGCUGUGGAGCUCAAAUGUGUACAUAAUGUAUUUGAUCACAAGUCCUGUACAUUAAAAAUUGUUGGUAUAGCUUUGAAAUCUGACUUUUUUCUUUUUUACAUAAAAUAUCAAACCAAUCUAACCCUUUAAAUAUAUGUCUCUUGCUUUGUAUUAAAGUUACAUUUUUCUUGUAGAUAUGUGAAGAGUGUAAAAACAUUGUGGAUCAUAUGUAGAAGUUUAUUAAUGUAUUAUUUAGAGGUCAACCUGGACAUUACGCAAGUGUUGAAAAUUCUUGUUGUAAGAAACUAAUUCUCAUUUCAUUAGAAGACAUGCAAACUAGAAAUAGUGUCAAGAAACACAUUUGUCACAGUCUGAUGCUUUUAUUGAGUGCUGUAAUGUUUUUCAAUGGUCCUGUGACCGUUUGCUUUGUGUUGCUAUUACUAUGCUAAAUUACUGUUGUGUUGGCUUCAUCUUUUGUCUGAAACCUUUGUUAGGUCACUAUGGGUGAGAUUUUCAAAAGUAUUCAGCAGCCAAAAUUGGGGGCAGAUUUUCAAAAGUGCUCAGAAGCCAGCAGCUCCCUUCUCAAUGGAAGCUUCUGGGCACUUACUGCUUUUGAAAAUCUAGCCACUUACUGAGAUGUCUAAAUGGGAGUUGUUGCUUGCUGAUCAAAUUUCAGGAAGCUAACAUUGUACCAUUAUUUGUAUUUUGGCUGGACUGGGUUAGAGAACAGACUUGUGUAUUGUAGCCACGCAUAGAAUAGCUUAUUCCUACAAUAAUUCUAAAUGUUCUACUUCUGUACAUUAGCUCACUUUUUGGAUUGGUAUUUUAUUGUUUUAUUUUCAGCAAUGAAGAGUGAGAAGUAUCCAAGAGUCUUAUUAAUUGGGGUAAAUAGGAUGUUACAAACUUUCUUCAGAAAUAGUGUAUUUCAGUAUGUUACAAAAUCUGUACUUAAUUUCUAGUUGGUAUAUGAUAAGAGAUACUUAUUGUACAAAUUCUGAUUUUAUUGUACAAACAAAUAGAAUUGAUUAUAUGCUGAAUCAUUGCACAAUAAA